CGAGGCGAAGACGUCACCUGCGUCAUUGUUACGCAUGCCAGCAGGAGAGCCCUCACGGCGGUGCGGCUCUAUCUGCACCUCAAUUAUUAGACGUAAAGGUCGAUGAUCCCUCCAAGGCUCAAGUGCAGGAGACUCGCCUUUCAAUCGAGGGCAUGACCUGCUCCUCAUGUGCGGCCACGGUAUCUCGGAUUCUCAAUGAUCUCCCUGGAGUAUCAAAAGCUGUCGUGGACUUGGUCACUAAUUCCGCCAUUGUGAUUCAUCACCCCUCAGGUAUUCCCACGAGGUCUCUGAUAAGUGAAAUCGAAAGCGCUGGGUAUGGUGCCACCAUUAUCGAGACUCGCCUGUUAAAUGUGCCUACAACACGUCGGACCCGAUUCAGUAUUGAAGGCAUGACUUGCAGCUCGUGCACAGGGGCCAUCCAAAACCUCGUGUCUCAGCUGCCCGGUGUUAAGAAUCUAACGAUCUCGUUGCUUACGAACUCGAUGGACAUCACAUAUGACCCUUCUACACUCACCCCUCUAAUAAUUUCAAAUACGAUCGGCGAAAUAGGAUAUGAAGUAAUAAAGUGGGAUCAUAUUGAAACGGAACAGUCUUCUCAGGCCACUAAAGAUGGGCGAAGUGUCGAGCUGAAAGUACAGGGUAUGAUGUGUGGCGACUGUCCGGCUCGCGCUAAUGCAUAUCUCGAAUCCCUGAACCUCAUUUCGUUCACACCCUUAUCUAUCGACUUUGACAAAACCAAGAUUCACUACAAACCUUCUCCAACCCUCACGAUCCGAGAAAUCCUCGCGUUUCCCGAGCCAUUCAGAGCCGCUCUAUACAUCCCUCCUUCUCUCAUGGCCCGUUCCCGCAAGAUACAGCAAAAGGAGGCCGAACACCUGGCGCGUUUGUUCCUGAUGAGCUUCGCUUUUUCGAUACCCGUGUUCGUCGUUGGCGUGUUGGCCAUGAUCCUUCUGCCAGAACGUAACUCGUUCAGGAUGUGGUGGGAGACGCCCCUUUGGGGAGGAGCGACAAGGGCAACCAUUUCACUUUGGAUCAUGGCUACAUUGGUACAGUUUGGAGUCGGCUGGGUUUUCUAUAAGCGUGCGUACAAAGGCACCUUUAUGCGGAGAAAAGUUGCGCUAUCGACCAGUGUAGCCUAUUUGGCCAGCGUUGGCAUCAUGGCUCGGGACAUUGGUCAGGGUGCAGAGAUGACGAAGAGAGUGGGGUCGGAAAAUACGUACUUUGACUCUAGCGUCUUCAUCAUCUUCUUUAUCCUGAUGGGCAGAGUGUUGGAAGGACGUGCUAAAGUCAGAACUGGUGACGCGAUCGCACUUCUCGGAAGUAUGCGUCCGCAACAUGCUUUACUCGUGUCCGGUAUGAUGGAGGAUGACGUGCGUGGGAUAGAAGUGGAAGAAGAAUCGCUUCGUCAUCGAUCCACGACUUCCAUCCCAGUCGAGGGUCUCGAAAUAGGAGAUUAUAUCUUGAUUCAACCUGGAGAUGUUCCACCAGCGGAUGGCAUUAUCGUGUCGGGAGCGACUUCUGUCGAUGAAUCCUCCUUAACUGGCGAAUCGCUCCCAGUGUUCAAAGGCAAAGGGGAUCCACUCAUGACCGGGACCACGAACCUCACAUCCCCGGUCAUCAUUCGCGUGAACGAGGUCGGUGAUCAGACGAUGCUUCAGAAGAUCGUACAAUUGGUCGCUGAGGGACAGAGUCGUAAAGCGCCCAUCGAACGUUUAGCGGAUUCCAUAACAGCUAUUUUCGUCCCUCUAGUCGUUUGGUUCUCCGCUCUCAUCCUUAUCAUCUGGUUAUCACUCUCCCUUUCGAAGGUCAUCCCUGAUUCAUAUCUCCCCCACGGUCGUACCAGCAUCGGUGAUCGCAUCUUCUUCGCUUUCGGGUUUGCCAUUAGUUGCCUUGUGAUUGCCUGUCCUUGCGGGAUUGGCUUGGCUGCACCGACGGCUCAAGCUGUGGGGUCGGGACUCGCGGCCAAGGCCGGAAUUCUCGCGCAAGGGGGAGGUGAAGCGUUCCAGAUGGCGGCGAAAGCUGACACGGUCGUCUUCGAUAAGACCGGGACGCUCACUACGGGAAAUACAACAGUCACUCAUCUCAACAGAGUGGCGGACGUCCCAGUUUGGUUCUUCCAUGCUGUCCGUCUUAUGGAAGCUGGGUCGAGUCAUCCGCUAGCUUUGGCCAUCACCAAGUUCUGUUCCCAAAAUUUUGGAGAAGAAGAAAGCGAUGUCCGUAUCGAAUUGAUGGAAGAAGUCCCCGGUAAGGGACUCAAAGCAACCAUCGUUUUGGCUGACGAUACCAGGUACUCUGUCCUUAUCGGCAACGAGAGAUUCGUUAUCAUGGAGAACAAUGUCAGGCUCGAGUACGGUGGGCAUCUCGAUGCUGUGCGCUCUCAGCAGGCUUCGGGACAGACAGUCGUGUUCGUUGCCUCCAUGAAACAAGGCAACGAGAAAGAUGAAGCAGCAGAAGACACCACCCUUCCCACCCUUAUGGCUUCCUUUUCCAUCUCUGAUACGAUUAGACCCCACGCGCGCACCACAGUAGAGCAACUUCGCGCUUCAGGUCGCGAAGUCUUCAUGCUCACCGGAGACAACGAAAUCACGGCCCGAGCUGUUGCCGUGGAAGUAGGAAUCGAACCAGGUAACGUCGUGGCCGGGGUGCUGCCGCAGGGGAAGGCGGAAUUCAUUAACAAACUGAAAGAACGAAAGCGGUUAGUGAAACCUUGGCAUUCGUUGCGGGCGAAGGAGAAGCGGUCUAUUGUCGCCUUUUGUGGUGAUGGUCUCAACGAUACUGCUGCACUCACCGCUGCUGACGUAGGAGUGGCCCUCGCGCAAGGAUCUCAAAUCACGAUUUCAGCAGCCUCUUUCGUUCUCUUGUCUCAAAAGUCCAUCCUGACUUCCGUGUACACCCUGUUAAAGCUCUCCCGCAGGGUUUACAACAGGCAAAAGUUAAAUUUUGGAUGGGCGAUGGUGUAUAACGUGAUUUUGCUGCCCGUUGCGGCUGGCGCCUUGUUUGCACAUAAGCACACCCGACUUCCGCCUGUUUGGGCAGCAUUGGCGAUGGCUCUCAGCUCUGUGAGUGUCGUCAUGAGUAGUCUGGCUUUGCAAUGGGGGUGGUAAAUGGUUCUAUUCGUCGUUUGUGCCCGUCGAGCCGAAGUUCCAUACGAUGGCAAUUGGAAAUAUUUCGGGCCAAAGGGGGUGGCAAGAGAAUAAUCAGAUGGGUAUCACGCACCGGGAUUAGGAUAAUAAU